AUGGUGGCGUGCGAGUUUGGGGAGGACGACUGUGGUGAGCUCCUCAAGCUGUACAGGCGGGGCGAGAAGUUGGGAUCUGGCAGCGAAGGGCAGGUCUAUUUGUUGAGUGCUCGUCGUAGGGCUGUGACUGAGGAAGAAGCAGCCAAGACUAUUAAAUCACUAGCAGAGACACUCAAGUGGAUGCACUCGAGAGGGGUUGUUGACCGCGAUCUCAAGCCUCACAACAUUUUUGAGAGGCUCAACGCCACUGCAGUGGAUGAAGUGGUGAUUGGAGAUUUUGGCAUGGCCACGGACAAGCAGUGGGAUAUGCAGCAGUAUUGUGGAACAGCAAAGUACAUGGCACCCGAGGUGGUAAUGGUGAAGAGUAAUGGAGCCCAAGGAUGA